UGACAAUAAAAUUGGUGACGAAGGUGCAUCAGGUUUAGGUUCUGGUUUAGCAAAGUGCAUUAAUCUCUCAAAUUUGACACUUGAGCUUAGUGACAAUUAAAUUGGUUUUAUGGGCGCAUUAGUAUUAGGUUCUACUUUAGCAAAUUGCAUUAAUCUCUCAAAUUUGACACUUGACCUUGGUGACAAUUGCAUUUGUGACGAAGGUGCUUCAGGCUUAUGUUCUAUUUUAGCAAAUUGUUUUAAUCUCUCAAAUUUGACACUUAUUCUUUAUAAAAAUAAAAUUGGUGCAAAGGGUGCAUCAGGCUUAGGCUCUUCUUUAGCAAAAUGCAUUAAUCUCUCAAAUUUAAAACUUAAUCUUCGUGGCAAUUAAAUUGGUGUAAUGGGUUCAUCAGGGUUAGGUUCUGCUUUAGCUAAUUGCAUUAAUCUCUCAAAUUUAAAACUUGAUCUUCGUUACAAUUAAAUUGGUGACAAAGGUGCAUCAGAAUUAGGUUCUGCUUUAGCAAAUUGCAAUAAUCUCUCAACUUUAAAACUUAAUCUUUAUAGAAAUUAAAUUGGUGAUGAAGGUACAUUAGGCUUAGGUUAUGCUUUAGCAAAUUGCGUUAAACUCUCAAAUUUGACACUUAAUCUUUAGUAAUACGGAAGUGUCUUAAAGCAAAAAGAUUAGUUGUCUUUAAAAAUUAAUUCUGAUGAUAAACAAGUAACGAAAAAAGGAUGA